ACGCGUUGCCGUGGAGGUUCGCCGUGUUCAAGGAAAGCCCGGAGUAGGCGAUGGACAGGCUGUUCCUGUGGGGAUAGUUUGUUUAGAAAGAAGUGUUAAACAGUAACAUUGUCAGGAAUAGAAACAGACUUGUAACUACUUGUUCGUCUGGAAAGUACAAUGUGUCCAAUUCUGUCAGACGUGUUUGUGAAUCUAUGAAAAUAGACUGUGUUAAUAACAUGUUCUAUAUAUAAUAUAUAUAUAUAUAAUAUAAUAAUAUAAGACCAAAUGUAAAAGUGAAUAUUAGACUUGUAUUAACUGGGUGGACAAAAACAGUUAAAACUAAGUAUAGGGGACGUAUUUUCCAUGACAACAAAACUAAGUCUUCUGUAAAUGUAAACAGAUAGUAAAGCAGAUAGUGUAAAUUACAAAAAUAUUAGACUGAAAAGAACAUAAAUCGGUUGUAUAAAGUUAAAAAGUCCUAUAAUAGCUGCACCACUGGUUGUGAUUUCCUCAGUGUCACCUUGUCUUGUGACAAAGACACAAACUUAAGCUGCAUUUAAAGUGAGUAAAAUGAGCACAGGACGAAACACAAGCACGCUGUGCCGUUACAUAACGUCUGAUUUUUGAUCUCGAGUCGCAGGCUUCACAGCGUCUGACAGGUCAUUAUUUGUUGUUAGUGAGAAAAGGCUGACGUGCCGUCGAGGUGAUGCGUGUGCACUGUAUACGUUAACGUGUGUGUGCAUAGCUGUGUGUGCAGGGUCACUGUGCUGAAUGUGGAGGUCAGAUGGGACGACAGCGGGGGACUCACCACACCAGCCACAGCAUGAGAGAAAUCCCGCGGAUGUUUCGCGACUCUAACAGCUUGCAGAUGUUGUACGCCGUCUUCUUCUCAGGCUCGCAGUCUUUCUGUGGGGCAGCCGAGCACGUGGAAUAACAGACAGACACGGACGCACGAGCAAGAGAACGAGCCAAACCACCAUGGACCCAGCAGGAGGUGCUCUCUUUGACGGAGAUCAUCAGGGACUCGUGGUCUCGCAUGCAGUAUUAUUGUCUGGACAGGGAGCUGUUUUUUUCCCCUUCUCUCCAGAGAAUGGGAGACUAUGAUGAAGACACAGCGUUCCUCGGACAGACCGGUCCUUACUUCUGGACCACAUUCUUCCUCCUUAACACGGUGUUCAUCUCGACUGGAUUCAACGGGCUCUACUUUGUCUUUGUUGGAGCGGUGCCGAAGCACCACUGUCUCGUUCCGGACUCCAACCUGACAGAGGAGUGGAGGACUGCCAUCAUUCCCGUCACGGCAGCGGACGGAGAAGCCGUGCAGAGCCAGUGCAGCAGAUACAGGCUGGACGUGGUCAGAAACCUCUCCGCUGAGGGACUCGCUCCCGGGAGGGAUGUUAAUCUCACUGACCUGGAGACGGAAGCCUGUUUAGAUGGAUGGAACUACAGCAAAGAAAUCUACCACUCCAACAUAGUCACAGAGUGGGACCUUGUUUGUGACAACCACUGGAAAGUUCCCUUCUCAUCCUCCAUGCUGUAUGUGGGAUAUCUUUUAGGAUCUUUAAUCUCGGGACAGCUUUCGGACAGGUUUGGUAGGAAGAAGGUUGUUUUCAUCUCCCUCGCGGCCCAGUGUGUCUCCGUCUUGCUUCAGUCCUUCUCACAUUCGUGGAUCAUGUUCUGCGUCAUGUUCCUCUUCAUCGGAGCCUCCCAGAUAUCCCUCUAUAUCUCUGCAUUUGUACUCGGGACAGAGGUGUUGAGUAAGACCAUGCGAGUGCUUUUCUCAACUCUCGGAGCCUUUCUCUUCUAUUGCAUCGGGUACAUGACGCUGCCCUGGAUCGCAUACGGCAUCAGAGAGUGGAGGACUCUGCUCGCCGUUCUGUCCACAUUUUCUGUGGUCUACAUCCCCCUCUGGUGGUUCAUCCCAGAGUCCCCGCGCUGGCUCAUCACUCAGGGAAGAAUAGAGGAGGUGGAGGCGUUUUUGAGAGACGCUGCGAGAAAAAAUAAAGUUGAAGCUCCGUCUGUGAUUUUUAAGAAAUCUGAGCUACAGGACAUAUCCAAACACAAGACGUACACUAUACUCGACGUUCUGAAAUCCAAAAACAUCCGUUGCAUCACACUAAUGUGUCUCCUCUUGUGGAUGGCAAUAAACAUCGGAUACUUUGGUUUAUCACUAAACACUUCCAACCUGAGUGGAAAUCCCUUCAUGAACUGUUUUCUCUCGGCGGCGUCCGAGGUCCCCGCCUACGUUGUUUCCACGUGGCUGCUGAAGAAAUGUCCGAGGAGGGCACUCCUGUCCUCCUUCCUCAUCAUUGGAGGAGGAGUUCUGCUGCUGAUCCAGUUCAUCCCUGACACUCUUUACAACUUCGCCCUGGCUCUGGAAAUGACUGGGAAGUUUGGCUUCACCAUCGCCUUCAGCAUCGUCUACAUCUACACGGCCGAGAUUUACCCCACUGUGCUCAGGAACGUCGGCAUGGGAAUGUGCUCGUCCGCGGCGCGUAUUGGCAGCAUCACGGCUCCUUAUAUCAUCUAUUUAGGCACUUACAGUAAGGCUCUGCCUUAUAUCCUCAUGGGGAGUCUGACCAUUGCCUCCUCUGUGGUGAAUUUGUUUCUCCCAGAGACUCUGAAUAAAGAUCUCCCAGAAACGUUGGCACAGAUGCAAGAAUGUCAGGGGUUGUGCAGUGGAACCAAGAAGAGGAAAUACGUUGAAAAUGAAGUAAACCCUCCGACACAACAUGAGGGGAAAGCUGAUGUACCAGGGCUUACCGUGUAAUCUCCAAGAGGAAGAAAGACAGAUGCACACCGAGGAUUAAACAAUCAAUUUCAAAGAACUGCUUUUUUUUUUACACACGUAUAUAUAUAAUUUUAAUAAUUACUAUUUUUUUAUACAGUAGGUGCUGUUGAUGUAAUUCACAAACUUUUUCCAAAUUUUUUGUAUUUGGGGGGAGUUGGUAAUCUGAGUAGAUUAUAAUUGUGUUUCAAACAAUAGAUGUAAAAAAAUGAAUAUAUGAAACCUUGAA